AUGAGUCGUAAUAUAGAAUUGUUGAGAGCAUCAUUACAAGCAUCUAAAAUAUCACAGAACGUUAUUGUACAUCCUAAUGGUCUUGGUGUCAAACCAAGCUUAUGUAUACUGUACAGUGAUAAUGGCAAUGUCGGUGAUGGGCAUACGAUAUGUGACAUCACAUCUGAGAAAGAGGCCAUUGGACGUAUACCUAGAGGUUAUUCACUCAGACAAGUUAUUAAUAGUACACGACUUGAUACUCUAGUUAAUCAAAAUAUCGAUGUGAUGAAAAUCGAUGUCGAAGGAUCAGAAUUAUAUGCAGUACAAAGUGGCAUUCGGUUAUUUGAUAAGUAUGAAGUUCGACAUAUCGUAUCGGAAUUCAGUCCUCGAAUGAUGCGAGAGAAGAGAAGUGAUCCAUAUGAUUAUUUAAAGUUCUUCGUUUCUCGUGGAUACAAAAUUCGAAUUGUUAGUGAUCAAUUAACGAGCUUGUUUGAACGAAAAAACGAAAUAAUAUAUGUAUUAUUUAAAAAAGCGUUCUUUUGUAUUUCUUCAUCAUUGGAUAAAAACAAAAAUAUAACAUCAUUAUACAUAAACCAUACUCAUUUCGUAAUCAUUAAGCACAAUGAGUGA